CACACUUUCAAAGAAAGCAAACUGCUGUAUAAAAGGGUCCACUUGACACACUCAAGAAGAAAAGUCAGUUAAGUUGCUGGCAUCAUGCAUGGUCUGGACAAACUUCUGCUCUUUCAUGUUCUGACAUGUCUUGGACAAAACGCACUUGGGGGUAAAAUCAUACAUGGGGAAAAAGCCCCAGAGAACUCGAUGUUGUAUAUGGCCUCUCUGCAGAACAUUGAUCAUAGUCAUGUAUGUGGGGGAUUCCUCAUCAGUGAAGACUUUGUAGUCUCUGCUGCACACUGUGACAAUAGGCAUCUCUCACGUGUUGUUCUUGGCUCCCACAAUCUCAUUAAGGCUGAAAAAACAGUGAGAUCUAUUGAAAAGAAGUGCAAACACGAAUCUUAUGUGAAUGUUGCAAAAGGGAAUGACAUCAUGCUCCUCAAACUGUCUAGUGCAGUUCAAGUGAAUAGAAGAGUACAGCUUAUCCAACUUCCCAGAACUGAAAUUAGCGUAAAAGAUGGAGAAAAGUGCCGUGUGGCUGGAUGGGGUAUGACUGAAACUGGUGGUGCAAUUGUCGAUGACCUGAGAGUGGUGGAUGUGUCUGUCAUCAAUCUGGAAGUCUGUAAGAUGAAAUGGCAGAAUCUUCCUGCCAACGUUAUGUGUGCAGGUGGAUAUGGCACAAAGAAAGGAUUCUGUCAGGGCGAUUCUGGUGGUCCCCUGGUGUGCAACGGGACAGCAGUUGGUAUCGUGUCUUUCAAUAAAAAUUCCAACUGCAACUAUCCAGACGUACCCAACGUCUACACAGACAUACCAAAAUACCUGCCCUGGAUCAACAAGAUUCUCAAGGAAAAGAACUGUUAAAUGUAACAAUUUUACAUAGAGAUUUGCUUCAGCAUACUUUGAUUGAGAGGGGGAGUUUGAGUUGAUCUGUCAGUGUUCAGC